AUCGAAAUGUAAGUGGGAUGCGAAGUGCGGGAUUGAAAUUUAUGAGUUUAUUUUGGGAGAGCGAGACACAGAGAGAGAUGGAAUCGGCGGGGCAGUGGCUGGAGAAGGCGUUGGUGGAGUUGUGUUCGAGGAUCGAAACAGGUUUGGGUUUAGGUUUGGACGAAGAGAUCAUAAAAGGGCUUGUUUCUUACUGCGACCUUGCUCAACCACGAGAUGCUAAAGAAUACCUGGACAAUAUUAUAGGUCAGGAAGCAGGGAAAUCUGUGAUUGAAGAAUACUUAAGAAGGAGAGGCCACUCAGAAUUCAGUACCAGCACGGAUGUUCCAACUACCAAAUUACAUGCCUAUGUCAAACCACCUUCAAUUGAGAUAUCUGCUAGUGGGUCUAAGAGAUCGUCGAGAACACAGAAAACAGCGACUGUUCGUGGUGACCAUGCAGAACCCAGCAAGAAUGCUGUUGGAAGUAAUCAGGGAAAUGUGAUUCCAACUACAGGUAGUGAACCAAAACCGCAAAAAGGAAAUCAAGUGAGUUCCAAAAAGAAGAAAGCCGGGAAAACUAUUUCACUUGCUGAGGCCGCAAAAGGGUCGAUUGUUUUCCAGCAAGGAAGACCGUGUUCUUGUCAAGCGCGUCGUCACCUGCUUGUCAGCAAUUGCUUGUCUUGUGGUAAAAUUGUUUGUGAGCAAGAAGGAGAGGGUCCUUGCAAAUUUUGUGGUGUGCUUGUGUUGAAAGAGGGAAGCUCAUAUGCUGGUCUGGAAGAAAGUUUGCCUCCUUUGUCGGAUGCUGAGGCUGCUGCUGAAGCUUAUGCAAAAAGGCUUGUUGAAUAUGACCGAAAUGCUGCAGCUCGUACAACUGUUAUUGAUGACCAAAGUGACUACUAUGAGCUUGAUGGGAAUACUUGGUUGUCCAAGGAGGAGAAAGAACUGUUGAAGAAGAAACAAGAGGAGAUGGAAGAAGCUGAACGAGCAAAGCGGAAUAAAGUUGUUGUGACUUUUGACCUAGUUGGCCGCAAGGUUCUUCUGAAUGAAGAUGAAGUUUCAGAAUUACAGUCCGACAAUAGAAUAAUGCGUGCACCAGAUGCAAGGGAAGUGAACCGCAUUAAACCAAACCCAACUCUUAAGAUUCAGCCAGUUUUUGUGGACCUGGGAUUCAGUAAGAAGUCUGCUAAUGAUAAGCAAGCAAACAAAGGUAGGCAAGCAAACAAAGGUCUAAGCAAGGGGUUGUGCUUGGAGAUUACGGGGAGGGUGCAGUAUGAUAACAAUGACUUGAAGUACCUUAAGGAAAGCCAAUUCACAACAGAUUCAAAUGAAAAAAUUUGGCAAGUAUCUUCAGGAAAUGGAGGGCUGCAUGUUGAAGAAGAUGGUGAAUGUUUACGGGAACAAUGAUAAUGAAUAUAGGGUUUUCACACUUUUUUGUCUAAGCCUUGAAAUCAUUGGUCUUGAUUAUCUUUUUGAGAGAAGGGAAGUAUUGGAAUUAAGAAUUUUUGGCAGCGUAUUUCAUUUUCUAAGGUGCUUGUGCAGAUAUAAUAUCAGUAUAUUAUCUAUUCCUAUAUAAAAUUUUAUGUGAUUUGUUUUGCUUGAAGGAAAAAAUAUACAAAUGAUGGCUUGAUGGUCUUCAGCUUUCAACCUUGAA